UUGGCUGGCAAAGCCGCCGUGCUGUCCCCCCCAGCCCCAAACCUUCUCACGCUGAGCACUGCGGCUCUAGCAGCAGCAGCAUCUCUGUGAGGGGCAGCAGCACCUCUCCUUGUCAGGGACCUAUUUUAUUCAUCAGCGGCACUGAAUGGAAACCAAUCAGACAGAGAGCCCCUUUGGCUUCUGCUCGCUGCCUGCCUGACUUAAAAGUGAUGCCGGCAGAGAGGGAGCCCUAGCGAGUGCGUUCGGCGCUGGAGGCGCGGUAACAUGCGGAGGGCAGCGAGCAGGUAGAGAAGCAGCGCGGAACGGACGGGACCGGGCUCACACAGCCAGCCUGGGUUUUUCUUACAAGAGGAAUAUAACAUUUGAAAAAUUUGUUCUGGUGAAUUAUUAGAGGAGAGGAGGCUAACAGUAUCUCUGGAAAUGAUGAGGACUCACUCCUUUCUGACAGUUUUGCUUUGGAGCUCUGUGUUUUAUGUGGUUCAUAUGACGCCAUCCCAAAAAAGGACUAACAAGCACUCACACAGUGAAAGGAUAACAGGAUUGUCAGAGAGUGAUGGAAAAACACUGCACCGCACCAAGCGUGGUUGGAUGUGGAAUCAAUUUUUCUUGCUGGAGGAGUACACAGGUCCAGAUACUCAAUACGUGGGCAAGCUACACACUGACCAAGAUAAAGGAGAUGGAAAUUUAAAAUACAUAUUAACGGGAGAUGGGGCUGGCAGUCUGUUCAUUAUAGAUGAAAAUACAGGAGAUAUUCAUGCUGCAAAGAAAUUGGACAGAGAAGAAAAGUCCCUGUAUGUGCUACGUGCCAAGGCUAUAGACAGAAAAACUGGAAGACAAGUGGAGCCAGAGUCUGAAUUUAUCAUUAAAAUCCACGAUAUCAAUGACAAUGAACCAAAAUUCACCAAGGACAUGUACACGGCCAGUAUUCCGGAGAUGUCUAGAGUUGGUACAUCUGUUAUUCAGGUGACAGCCACAGAUGCUGAUGAUGCCAACUAUGGGAACAGUGCCAAAGUGGUGUACAGCAUCCUCCAGGGACAGCCAUAUUUCUCAGUGGAUCCAGAAACAGGCAUAAUCAAGACUGCUUUACCAGACAUGAGCAGAGAAAACAGGGAGCAGUACCAAGUGGUCAUCCAGGCUAAAGACAUGGGAGGACAGAUGGGAGGCCUAUCAGGGACCACCACCGUGAACAUCACGUUGACUGAUGUCAAUGACAAUCCGCCUCGCUUCCCCCAGAGCUCCUACCAGUUCAGCUCUCCUGAAUCUGCUCCCCCUGGGACUCCGCUUGGCAGAAUUAAAGCCAAUGACCCCGAUGUGGGAGAAAAUGCAGAGAUUGAAUAUAGCAUCUCCAAUGGGGAUGGAUCAGACAUGUUUGAUAUCAUCACUGACAAGGACACACAGGAAGGGAUUAUAACUGUCAAAAAGCAUCUGGAUUUUGAAAACAAGGUGUUAUAUACCCUAAGAGUAGAAGCAACCAACGCUCAUCCUGAUCCUCGUUUUCUUCAGCUGGGGCCAUUCAAAGACACAGCUUUAGUCAAAAUUUCUGUUGAAGACAUUGAUGAACCUCCAGUGUUCAGCAGACCCUGGUAUUUAAUAGAGGUUGAUGAAGAUGCCAAGGAAGGAAGCAUUAUUGGGCAGGUUGUUGCCCAAGAUCCAGAUGUAGCAAAGAAUGCAAUAAAAUACUCUGUAGAUCGACACACUGACCUUGACAGAAUAUUCAACAUCUAUUCAGGAAAUGGAUCCUUAUUCCUCUCAAAGCCACUUGACCGAGAAGAAACUCCCUGGCACAACAUCACUGUCAUAGCAACUGAAAUCAAUAAUCCUAAACAAAGUAGCCAGAUACCUGUCUUCAUACGGAUUUUAGACAUAAAUGAUCAUGCACCAGAGUUUGCCAACUACUAUGAAACAUUUGUUUGUGAAAAUGCAAAAGCAGGACAGCUCAUACAGACUGUGAGUGCAAUUGACAAAGAUCAGCCUCCUCGAGGACACAAAUUUUUCUUUGAGUUGGUGCCAGAAUUUGCUGUUCAUCCAAACUUCUCUGUCAUAGACAACAAAGAUAACACUGCAGGAAUUAUGACUAGAAGAAACGGAUACAGCCGUAGUAAGACGAGUACCUACCUUCUGCCGAUCGUGAUAUUUGACAACGACUACCCGAUCCAGAGCAGCACGGGCACGCUGACCAUCCGGGUGUGCGCCGAGGCCUUGCUCCUCCCUGCCGGCCUCAGCACCGGGGCACUGGUGGCCAUUCUCCUCUGCAUCAUUAUCCUGCUAGUAUUAGUUGUUUUGUUUACGGCUCUCAAGAGACAGAGGAAGAAGGAACCCUUGAUCAUCUCAAAGGAUGAUGUUCGGGACAAUAUUGUGACCUACAAUGAUGAAGGAGGCGGGGAGGAAGACACACAGGCCUUUGACAUUGGUACACUGAGAAAUCCAGAAGCAAGGGAGGAAAGUAAGAUGAGAAGAGAUGUUAUCCCAGAAACAAUAUUUCAGAUAAGGCGGACUGCACCUCUUUGGGAAAACAUUGAUGUCCAAGAUUUUAUUCAUAGAAGGUUAAAGGAAAAUGACUUAGACCCAGCUGCCCCUCCUUAUGAUUCAUUAGCAACAUAUGCCUACGAAGGAAAUGAUUCCAUAGCAAAUUCACUCAGCUCCCUGGAAUCACUUACCACAGAAGGCAACCAAGACUAUGAUUACCUCAGUGACUGGGGACCUCGAUUUAAAAAACUAGCAGAUAUGUAUGGUGGAGAGGACAGUGAUCGAGACUGAGAAAGUAAUCUGUGACCUGGUCCGUGUUAGUGGAAUUCAUGUCUAUGUUCCUAGAUAAAUAAAGUGGCCUACUCUCUUACUUGGGAAUAAAAACUUUACAAAAAAUAGGUGUUGUCUUAGUAAGGGUUUGCUUAAUCAAUAAGUCAACGUGAAUGAACAUGAACGACUGAGAUUUAAAAACAAACUCACCCUCUCUGCCUAGAAACCUCCAAUGAAAUGGUUUUAUAGGGAAUGAAAAGAAAAUAAAAGGCUUUUUGCGCCUUUAAUAAUGACAUGGAAACUCCAUAUUUUUAAAUUGCUUUGCUUUAUCUUUCCUACUAUGUUGGAUAGUGUGCAUCUGCAUUGUAACUUAAUCUCAAAAAUAUACUUUAAAAAGAUUAAUAUUACUGCCAUAUUUAUUGAGUUAAAGAAUGUCUGUGUGUGGAUUCAUCCUGAUAUUUUUAUAU